UCAUGAAAUAAACAACUCGAAUACGAAGAUAAGAUACUACCACAUAAGCAUGCAUGUCCACCACUUUAUUUUAGGGUAGUUUAUCGAAUACGGAAGUAGAGUUUUAAUUAAUUUCACGAUAAUUACUAAUCAAAUCAAAUUCAGCUUACGGACUUUACUUUAUGUAUGAAACAAUAUCAAAGAUGCAAGCAGUAACUCUUGACAAGCGUUUUGGAGUUUAUUCAUUGGUGCUUGCAAGCAAUAUUUUCGACAACCCCUUCCUAAGGGAAAAGGGACGAACAGGAUCAAGGCGAAGGAGGGGAGGGUGUGAAAAAGAAUAAAAAAAGAGGAGAAUUAAACUGGUAUUGAAGUUGUAAAGAUAUCAAAAUGGCAAGUGGAACAUACACUUGGGAGACGAUGAAAAAGAUGCACAACCCCCGUGUGUUCGCAACUCCUCUAGUCUACGAAGGAAACAUCUACAUCAUUGGAGGUUGUGACCAGUUAGGAACACCUUUAGAUACCUGUGAAUAUUAUGAGACUGCCAAGAGAAAGUGGCACAUUCUUCCAAGCAUGCAAACAAAGAGAGCAGCCCCUGCAGCUCAGUUAGUGGGAGACAAGAUAGUGGUUGUGGGAGGGGUAGGGGAGACCCAGGCUCCUGUUGACGCAGUGGAAGUGUACGAUAUCAAAGCUAAAAAAUGGUCAACAAUGGAGUCACUAACUGAACCACUGCAGGGAGUUUCUUCUGUAGUAAAAGAUAAUCAGUUUCUUGUGAUGGGAGGAAUGUCAGAUGACUCUAAUCCAAAGGACCACUUUUGGAGCUAUGAUGCAGAGAGCAACAAAUGGAAAGCUUUGCCAUCCAUGCCUACACCUAGAUAUGCUUCAGCAGCUUUUGAAAUUAACAACAAACUUUACGUAAUAGGAGGACGUCAGGGAAAGUUGCCAUGCCUGGCUGUAGAGGUCUUUGAUUUUGAGACUAACAAAUGGUCCAAACUCCCAGAUAUCCCUAGCAAGAGAGUCUUCCCUAAUUAUGUGAGAGCGGGAACCUGCAUCAUCACUGUGGGUGGACUAAACCAGCCAGCCUCUGAUGGUUUUUCUCAAACAUGUGAGGUGUUUGACACAGCAGCAGAGAACCCACAAUGGAUAGUAGGUAGCAACAUGCCAACGAAGCGAGGAGACUUUGCCAUUGGUGUGGUUGGUGGGAAGGUGGUCUGUGCUGGAGGCCUCGGAAGUCAGGGCAAACCAGUACAAGUUGUUGAGGCCUACGAUUGGCAGACAAACACAUGGACAGAGAUCAAAGCCUCCCCCACCACACACUCCUCGUGUGCUUUCACCAUGCUCAAGGACAGACUGUUUUUGAUUGGAGGUCUGUCCCUUGGAGGUCCUAGUUCCUCCAUGGAAGCCUUAAGCUUUAAACCGGACAAGUGAUAUUUACUGCAGUAUUAAAACUUCUUUCUUUCUAAUUACUUUCUAAGAGCUGAUGAAACCUUCCGCACUAUGUAUUUGCAGAAUUAUCACGAUUCUUACUUUAUCCUCACUGUUUGAAGAUCUUGAUUAUUUAGUAUCCCUUCACAAUCCACUGUGAGAGUAACAGAACCGCUCAUGUGUGUGUAACACUGACCUUGUAGACACAGUUUUUUGCUUGAUUGAUUUGAUACUUUACAUGUAGGUAUGUUAUCAAGAGAGGAAGAACCCAUAUUGAUUUUGGGAUAAGGAAAGUCAAAGGUUAAGUUCACUAUGGGACUUCAUGGAAAAAGCUUGUAAACAUGCACUCUACAGGGUAUAUGUUUAGCUUGAUUGAUUCGAUACUUCAUAUGUAGACCCUAUAGAUUUUUGGGUCAAAAGGUUAAAGGUCAAGGUCACCACAAGACUUCAUUCGAAAUCAUUGUGAGGGGAUAUGCCCCACCUUGCUGAGCUCUUGUUAUAUUAGAUACACAAGCACAUAUAGUGUUAUUUUGAGUGUUUGUUUAUUUUUAUAUGCAGCAUGGAUCCACAUUUUACUGUUGUUAGAUAUUAGAGGGUAAUUGAACAUAUUUUGGUGAAUAUUGAUACUUUCUAAAUAAAAUAUUGAAAACUUUUUGCGUGCAAUAAUGUUAAUUUGUACUUGGAACGUUUCGGUAGGGAUUGUAUUAUUUCAUGAAAAUUUGGCAUUCAACAAUGGCUCGGAUACUGCAUGCUAAUUGCUGCUCAAAAAUUUAGGAGCAUUUCAUAAUUAAGAAAAUAGUGCCUAUAUAUACUCUGUAAAAACAGUUAUCUCUGUGCACGUAUUCAUGCUAACUCAGCUUUGUUGCACUUUUGAUGGUCUUGAUUUUCUCGACAUUUCCAGUAUUUCUAUAUACAUGCUUUUUCAACACACUUAUACCCAUGCAUAUAAUUCAGAGUGUUUUUGUGUGUGAAAACUAUAGAAAUUAGUGCAAUAAAUAGGAUAGAUGAAUUUA